CCCGGCGCUUCCUGGGCCCGGCACAGCUCGCUCGCCCGCCCGGGUAAGGCUCCGUGCGGGGCCGGGCCGCGGCCUGCCCGCCGCUCCCCGCCCCGCGCUGCUCCGCCCGGGGCUGCAGGCCGCUCCCCCGCCGCCGCUCCUCCCGCCGGGCCGCGCUGCGCCGGCCCCGCCGGGCGAUGAGGAGCUGCUUCUGCCUGCGCCGGGGGAGCCGUGACCCGCCGCCCGCCGCACGGGCAACAGAUCAGUCCAUGAUGCCUGAGGUGCGAGACCUCUCCGAUGCCUUGCCUGACUUGCCAAUGGAUCCCAUCACCGGUGUUGGUGUGGUUGCUUCCCGGAACCGAGCACCGACAGGUUAUGAUGUAGUUGCACAAACAGCAGAUGGCUUGGAUGCUGACCUCUGGAAAGAUGGCUUAUUUAAAUCCAAGGUCACACGAUACCUGUGCUUCACAAGAUCAUUUUCAAAAGAAAAUAGUCAUUUGGGCAACGUCUUGGUUGAUAUGAAGCUCAUUGAUAUCAAGGACACUUUGCCAGUGGGCUUUAUCCCCAUCCAGGAGACCAUCGAUUCACAGGAAGUAGCUUUCAGAAAGAAGAGGCUGUGCAUUAAAUUCAUCCCUCGGGAUUCUACAGAGGCAGCAAUCUGUGAUAUCCGAAUCAUGGGUCGAUCUAAACAAGCCCCUCCUCAGUACAUAUGCAUAGGGGAGCUGAACAACAUGGGCAUUUGGUACAGGAUGGGCAGAGUCCCCCGCAACCAUGAGUCUUCACAGCCUGCAAGUCCUCCCUCCCAAGCACCAACUUCAGCACCAACUUCAACACCAGCUCCAGCUCCUAACCUGCCAAGGCACAUCUCACUGACACUCCCUGCCAGCUUUCGAGGCAAAAGUCACAGCACUCGCCUGGACCUGGAGCACCAGCACUCAAAUUUGUAUGCCAUAUCAGCAAUGGAUGGAGUGCCUUUCAUGAUUUCAGAGAAGUUUACCUGUGCUCCUGAAGGGAUGCAGCCAGUUGAUCUCUUGGGCAUCACAAUCAAAACCCUUGCAGAAAUUGAAAAGGAGCAAUAGCAACAUUACAGCAAAGCUUCCGGAUUUCCAAAGCAGCAAGAACGUUUUCCCUGGAGCUGGAUGCCUUGCAAAAAAUAUUCCCAAAGAAUUCCAAGAGUUAUUGUCCUCUGUUGUCAGAUUUGUGGAUUUAUGCACCCAUCCUCCGAGCUGCAAGACGAGGAUGAAUGAAAGUACUUCACCCUUUCAGGAGAACUGAUGAAAGUAGAUGCAAAUCCUGUACUGCGUUCUCGGGCGGCACCUGAAGUCAUGUCUCACACAGCAGGACUGGAGUAGUGUAUGAAGAAGUGGGAUGUGAAGAGGCAGUGAUGCUCAGUGGGCAAAGGCAGAUUUAAGCUGAGGGCAUCCCUUUGCCCAUGGCUGUUUGAGUGAAUGUGGGACAGAAAGGAGCAUGAGCCCUGGCAGCACGGCUGCUGCUCUUCCUCUGAGGCUGCAUAGGUUUGUCCCAGCUGCUCCUGCUGUCCUGGCUAGGGAAUGUCACUGAGCUGGUGUGUUGGCAGGUGAGGCAGCCGCUGUGCAGCGAGGACUGGUGCAGGUGGUGGCAAAGGCACUGGCACCCUUCUCAG